AUGAAGAACACUAAAGAUGCUCUUAAGGGUUGGAACAAAGAGGAAUUUGGGAAUAUUUUCAGCCAGAUCAAAGAUACUUUAGCUCGGGUUGAGCAGGUGGUGAAGGAUUCGCUCCUCAAUCCCUCAGCUCACUUCCUUUCGCUCCUGGACUCCAAGAAACAAGCCCUGUGCCGCUUGAAGAAUCUCCAACAAAUCUUCUGGAAAGAAAUUCAACUACAUAAUGGGACAUUUACAGCCGAUCUAGACUGCAUCAAAGCUAAAGUGGCUACCUUCUUCAAGCACCUUUACACGUUUGAAGCAGUGACACUGGCUGGGAAUCUCCUUAGCAUCAUCCCGAACUUGGUCUCCCCUGGAGACAACGACCUCCUUAUGGCCCUGCCGUUGAUGGAGGAAGUGAAGAGUGCAGCCUCAUCCUUGCCAGCAGACGGAGCCCCUGAGCCUGAUGGAGCCGAUAUUCUUCGCGCCACCAAAUUCCUAUUCCAGGGAGGUACGAUUCCUAGAGCCUUCUCAGCUUCCCUCCACUGCUUAAUUCCGAAAAGCUCCGCGCCUAAAUCUUUUUCUGACUUUUGGCAUAUUAGUCUUUGUAAUUGCAUCUACAAGAUCUUUUCCAAAGUUAUUGUAGUGAGAUUAAAUUCCAUUCUCACUAGGCUCAUCUCUGAUGAGCAAAUGGCUUUCGUCCAAGGGUGGUCUAUUACAGAUAGCAUAGCUUUGGCGCAGGAAUUGUUUUGUGAUAUAGACAAGAAGGUUCGAGGAAGCAACCUCAUCAUCAAGGUUGAUCUUGAGAAGGCUUAUGAUAGAGUCAGUUGGUCUUUCCUGCGGGCGGUCCUCCUCAGCUUUGGCUUCAGCUAUUUGUGGAUCAGCUUGGCUGAAAAAUGCUGGUCAGGGGCCUGGUUCUUGGUGCUCAUCAAUGACGACACCUCGGGUUUCUUCAAAUCAGAAAGAGGGCUUCGAUAG